UCGUGUUAGUUCGUGAGUUAUCUGACAGAUUGCAACUCAGGCACGAGUCGGACUUGACAACCAAAAAUAACAUUUUCUAAAGUGAAUAUAAACCUAGCCUGUUUAAGAAUAACAUAAGAAAAACUUUGAAACGAGCUAUUAACAACAUCACUUUGAUGGGCUAUAUCGGCCGAAUUAUCAGUCGCUACUCUCUCGUAACGAUCCUUCCUAUUUUUGUAGUGGGUUCCAUCUACGCGGACUUCACCGCAACUCAAAGGUACAAGAAGAAACAGCAGCAACAGCUCAUCAUACAAAAUGCUGAAAUACAUAGUGCCUAAAGGCAUCCAAUGGGCUGCCCUCCCUGCAGCAGGUUUCUGGUUUGGAUGGUUCUUGGACAAGAAAGAAACUGAAAGGAUGGUGCUAUUCAGGGACAAGAGUGCCCUGUAUGGCCGCCCUAUGGGUCCAGAUGAUAAACCAUCUUGGUAAUGAUUAAAUGUUUAGAAAUUGUAAAGAAAAUUAUUAAAAUAAAUAGGAUUGAUAUAGGCAACCAAA